AUGGCAGACCAAUCGCAAGUUCUGCAGUUGAUUAUGAUCCCUCAUCGACCCGUGCACACCGAUGUCGAGAUCAACAAUGACCUGGCUCCGGCCUUUGAUAUAAUACAAAGGGCAAAGGGACUGCAAGCCGUAUGGAGAGGGAGAAAGCAUGAAGACCGCCACACCCAGGUUGCUCUUCUCUUAUGGGAGAGCCUGGAUGCAAGUCACGCGUUCUUCACCAGCUCCGAAUACACCGAGUUUCAUAAAGUCAUCCAGCCGGCGAUGAACGGCAGGAAAAUUCAAUGGCAGAACCAUGCUUCGAUCAAGUCCCUGGGGCUUAACGACAAGCCACAUUUGGCUAAGACGCUUCGAUCACCCGCCAUCGAGGUUGCCCUGACGAAAGUCGUUGAAGGCGGUGUGAAAGGCUACUAUUCUCAAUUCCAAAUGAUUGUCGUUCCCAUCCUGGAUAAUGACCCUGGUUGCGACGGACAUUUUAUCAGUCCCUUACUGGAAAACCCCCAAGAUCAGCUACUUUUGAUUAAUUGGAAAUCGGUAGAUGCUCAUCAUGAGGACUUUGAAAAACGACCGACAUUCAAGGCCUGCAUUGAAGGGCUCAAGGAUUAUUAUGCCGAGUUUGUGAUCCCCUGGCAUAUUGUAGGGCUUAAGUUAGUUCAAGGUAGUUUGUAA